CUUCCCUCCCCGAGCUCCCAAAUCCAAAAGGGUGUGGAAGAGGAGGAGCAGUAGCAACCCUUUUCCGUGACGCGCCUGACCGGUGCUUUCUAAUCUCCACCUCCCUCCCGGUGCAAUCAGUCAGCCUGGAGGCACCAAACUGUUAGCGUUGGAGACGCAGCUCUAGGUGAUUUCCACUACCUUCAUACCCCCACUCUAGGCCUUUUGGAGGCAGCAACAGCUGUGGCAGAAUGUAACGCGAGCACGCGAGCCUGGAGCGCACUUCCAAGGCGCUGCUCCCUCUUCGGAGCGAGGGGGGGACGUGUAGGUUUUUGCGCACAGACUGGAGAGAGUUCCGGGGGAAAGCCUGGAGCAGCGAACAGGCGGCAGAGAGGUGGGCAGACAGAGUUCGCACCUGCAGCCUGCGCUGCGGUCUGGGCGGUAGGGCUGCUGCCCUUUAGGGCAUGCGUGCCUCAUGAAGAGAGAGAACCACAGGCUGAGGCCCCUGCAUCCCUCGGUGUACCAUUUGGCCAAGACAAGGUGUGGCUGGAGCACUACUGCUCUGAAGCAAAGUCGCAAAGGAAGAGGUUGAGAGGCAGGCGACUUAGAAGAGUCUGGUCACGGAGCCAAGAGGAGGCGCCCGAGGUUCUAGCGAAGGGGAAGAGUAAUUUAGGAACCCUUUUUAGCCUGUCCUGCCCAGCUCCUCCUAAAGUCCACAAAAGCUCUCCUGAAGUCUAGAAAUCCUCCCUGGGUGGGGACAAGUUUCCUAGCAUUCUCUUUGGCUAGGACCGGGAGUGGAGAAAACACGCGGGGCUGCUCUGUCUGCUGCUCUCGAAGACACGUUUUCCUCCAAGCCGCCUUCAGCUCCAAUCGCCUUUGGGUAGCCUCCCUUUUCGCCCUGGAAGCUCAAGCCCACGCUGUUUGGAACCCAGCUCUCCAUUUAGCCCUGGACUGCGGCCCAUCGCCCCAGACGUGGAACUGCAUGCCUGAGCCCUGCUGGACAUCGCCGGUUGCUGUGCAAGACUCAGCUACUGAAGAAAGUGAACAAUGAAGCCACCAUUUCUUUUGGCCCUUGUGGUCUCUUCUGUAGUCAGCACAAAUUUGAGGAUGGUAUCAAAGAGAAAUUCUGUGGAUGGCUGCAUUGACUGGUCAGUGGAUCUCAAGACAUACAUGGCUUUGGCAGGUGAACCAGUGCGGGUGAAAUGCGCCCUUUUCUACAGUUAUAUUCGCACCAACUAUAGCAUGGCCCAGAGCACUGGACUCAGGCUUAUGUGGUACAAAAACAAGGGUGAUUUGGAAGAGCCCAUCAUCUUUUCAGAGGUCAGGAUGAGCAAAGAAGAAGAUUCAAUAUGGUUUCACUCAGCUGAGGCACAAGACAGUGGUUUCUACACUUGUGUUUUAAGAAACUCGACAUAUUGCAUGAAGGUGUCAAUGUCCUUGACUGUUGCAGAGAAUGAAUCAGGCCUGUGCUACAAUAGCAGGAUACGGUAUUUAGAGAAAUCUGAAGUCACUAAAAGAAAAGAGAUCUCCUGCCCAGACAUGGAUGACUUUAAAAAGUCUGAUCAAGAGCCUGAUAUUGUGUGGUACAAGGAAUGCAAGCCAAAAAUGUGGAGAAGCAUAAUAAUACAGAAAGGAAAUGCUCUUCUAAUCCAAGAAGUUCAAGAAGAAGAUGGAGGAAAUUACACUUGUGAACUUAAGUAUGAAGGAAAACUUGUGAGACGAACAACUGAAUUGAAAGUUACAGCUUUACUCACAGACAAGCCUCCCAAGCCAUUGUUCCCCAUGGAGAAUCAGCCAAGUGUUAUAGAUGUCCAGCUGGGUAAGCCUCUGAACAUCCCUUGCAAAGCAUUCUUUGGAUUCAGUGGAGAGUCUGGACCAAUGAUCUACUGGAUGAAAGGGGAGAAGUUUAUUGAAGAACUGGCAGGUCACAUUAGAGAGGGUGAAAUAAGGCUCCUCAAAGAGCAUCUUGGAGAAAAAGAAGUUGAGUUGGCACUCAUCUUUGAUUCAGUCGUGGAGGCUGACCUGGCAAAUUAUACCUGCCAUGUGGAAAACCGAAAUGGACGGAAACAUGCCAGUGUUCUGCUGCGUAAAAAGGAUUUAAUCUACAAAAUUGAACUUGCAGGAGGCCUGGGAGCAAUCUUCCUUCUCCUUGUACUGCUUGUGAUCAUCUACAAAUGCUACUAUGUUGAAUUAAUGCUCUUCUACCGACAGCAUUUUGGAGGUGAUGAAACUACCAAUGACAACAAGGAAUAUGAUGCCUAUCUGUCUUACACAAAAGUGGACCAAGAUACUUUAGACUGUGACAAUCCUGAAGAAGAACAGUUUGCUCUUGAAAUACUGCCAGAUGUCCUGGAAAAACACUAUGGAUAUAAACUCUUCAUCCCAGAAAGGGACCUGAUUCCAAGUGGAACAUACAUUGAAGAUCUCACAAGAUUUGUUGAGCAAAGCAGAAGACUUAUUAUCGUGCUAACUCCAGACUAUAUUCUCAGACGAGGAUGGAGUAUUUUCGAAUUGGAAAGCAGACUCCAUAACAUACUAGUCAGUGGAGAAAUCAAAGUGAUUUUGAUUGAGUGUACAGAAUUAAGAAGAAAGGUGGAUUGCCAGGAAGUAGAAUCACUAAAGCACAGCAUCAAACUUCUGUCCCUAAUCAAGUGGAAGGGACCAAAAAGCAGCAAAUUAAAUUCUAAGUUUUGGAAGCAAUUAGUAUAUGAAAUGCCCGUCAAGAAAAAAGAAAUGCUUUCUCGGUGUCAUGUUCUGGACUCUGCAGAACAAGGACUUUUUGGAGAACUCCAGCCUAUACCCUCUAUUGCUAUGACCAGUACCUCGACCUCUCUGGUGUCAUCUCAAGCUGCUCUCCCUGAUUUCCACCAUUCAGAUUCAAUGCAAGUGAGACACUGUUGCAGAGGUUAUAAACAUGAGAUGCCAACCACCACCUUGCCAGUACCUUCCUUAGGCAACCACCACACUUAUUGCAGCCUGCCUCUGACACUUCUCAAUGGACAGCUACCCCUUAAUAAUGCCCUGAAAGAUACCCAGGAAUUUCAUAGGAACAAUUCCCUGCUACCUUUAUCAUCCAAAGAGCUUAGCUUCACCAGUGAUAUUUGGUAGUGAAAACUCUGAAGUCCUCUAAACAGCUAUGUGAACAUACAUAGAACAGAACAGAACAUACAUAGAACAGAAUUUCUGCUAACCCAAGCAUAAAGUACACCUAAUAACACUGAGGUGCUGAAAAAGUGUUCAGAGUGAAAGGCACAGAAUCCCUUUUGUACUUAAAAUUUGUGUUUACAUUUGCAGAAUAGUGGGUGUAAAGAAGGACCUGCUUUUGUAGUAUAGUACCUUGUUUCAAUGUGUAGUUUUUAUUUCUUCUUGAAAAUAAAAAUGUAAAAAUCCUGUUGUUUUAGAGUAGGUUUUAUGAUACUAUUUGGACUGUAAACUUAGUAGAUGAGAAACCUCCCCCUAUUUAUGUAUAUUUCAGAUUAACAUGGCAUUUCAAAUAAGGAAAACUUAAGAACUUUAAUUGAAUUUGAAAAUUCUGAACUAAGUAUAAGGGGGAAAAGAGAACUUCUACAGAAUAACUGAAAAAUCAGGAAUUAUCAAGAAAGACGUGUUGAAGCACCCCAGUUAGAAGAUUGUAUGUAGAGGAAGAUCGGUUAAGAAAAAAUGUCACCGAAAUUUUUGGAAGUUCUUCAACAUAAUGGACAACUUCUGUAGACUAAAUCAGCAGCUAAUAUGACAGCUUAUUGUUGUAUAGGCAAGCACAUCUGUAGGCAAGAUGUGGUAGGAAGGCAAACAAUAUGCAUUCUUAAGCAAAUGAGUAGACAGGAUACUAGUUCUUUGAAGAUGAUUUUGAACAACUCUUAUGGCUUUCUAGCCUAUUUCAAAAGUUUUACAAACUUGAAAACACAUUUUAAGAUGCAAAUUUUAUUGUUUCCUAACAAUUCACAUUUGGAUAUUUUUCCAAAUGAUCUCUUGACCUGCUUUAUAUGAAGAUGUGAGCAUCUUCCUACUUUUUUACAGCAUCAUUGGAGUUUGAAUUUAAAUAAAUAUUGACUGCAAGUGUCAGCAGUAGAAAAGAAGUAAAACAACAAUAUUCACAGAUGAAGUGCUAAAUGAUUCAAGUUUACUAGUAGUAGAGCAGCAAUUGUAGUUAUUCUCAUCUGAAAUGUAGUUGUGAAAGAGACUAUGCUGUACGUACACAAUGUCUGCUUGGCCAUGUGUGCAAGGUUCCUGCAGAAGUAUCUCUAUUCCUGGUGCUUCAAAGAGUAUAUUUUAUAGACUAAACUUCUCCACCCUCCCAUUAUGACUGUGACUAUACCACACCAGAAAAUACCUAUGAAUGAUCUAAAAUAUUAUAAAUUUGCUGGAAGGAAUGUGCCCCUAUCUAGUAUCUAGUAUUUAUUGUGGAUUACUAUUUUGUGUUCUUUCCAAUUAAUCAAUUUUGGUGUGUUUUCAACUAAAAUGCCUUUGGGGGCCAAUUUUUAAUCAAGGCUGAUUCUGGAAUUUUGAAAAUGGUUCAUAAAUCAUGUUUUUGGACAAAUAUAAUAAGGACAGAUGUACACAGUGUGUAAAAAUUAAGAAUUUUCCCAGCUCCUGUAAAUGUGAAACUCAAAUGUUUAAGAGAAUAUUAGAUAAUAUGUUUUGAUUUUUUCUUUCAACUUCUUUACAUUAUUGAUUCUCUGUGAUCCAUGGGUUUUGUUUAAAGUACUUGUUUCUCCAUUGCUUUUCUAUACCCAGCUUCUCAGAAAAUGCAUUAUGCACCAACAAUAUGUAAAAGCUUAGCAGUGAUACAUGUUCAUUUCAUAUUGGGACAAUUAGUUGCUCCUUUGAAAAGUCCUGUUCAACAUAUAUACAUGUUUCGUAGAUGUAUUGUUUCCGCUGAGAAAGGUGAUUUUGCUUCUGUAAAAAAAAAAAAAAUAGAUAUUUCAAAAUGGAAAUUUAUCAAUUCUGAACUGUUUUCCAAGUGUUAUAGAGUUGUAUUUACUCUCAUUGUUCUUUAAUGAUAUGUGCAAUCACUAAGUUAAUAACCUGCAUGGAAUGAGUAGCAUAUUUUUAAGUGACCAAUUGUACUUUUUAUUAUUUUGUUUUUCACAGAAGCCUAGAUUAAUUCAAAUAGAAUGUUCAGUGGUAUUUUUAAACUAAUAGUUCUGUAUUGAGCAUGCCAGUUCUGAAAAUAUAACAUGGGUCUCUCUGCUUCCCUUAUUUACAAUGAUUAAACGUGGGUAGCAAUUUGAGUUGGCUGGCCACAAUGUGUCCUUUCACUACUAGUAAGUACUCAAAAACAGAGCAUUCACACUUGUGCUGGGGAACUUGACAAGAAACCUUUUCUACCAUUUUCAGGAACCAAUGUGUACACUAUCUAUAAAAAUUUAUUUCUAGAUGGCAAUUCAAAAUUUGAUUUUCAUCUGAGAUUUUUAAAAGAUAUAACCCAUAGGGUAUAAUAAACAUUUAGUCUAGAAGAUAAUAUAUUCCUCCAGGUGCUUACACAGUAGGAAAAAUAUCUUCUCACUUAUUCACUGAAAUGGAUUUGAAAAUUUAGAAAAAUGCUAGUGUAAUGAGUUCCCAUAUGUUCAUAGCAAAUUUAUUUAGCUCAUCUAUCAGCAGUAUAUACACUUUUAAAAAUUGAGGUUAUUUUGAAGUAAAAAAAUUCUGAAAAUGUCAGAAAUUAUGAGGCAAAUAAGAAAUGCAUAAAAGCAAUAGAUAUACAGGAAGUGAAAGCUACAUUAAGAAUAAACAAUGCUCAGGAGAUUGUGAACAUCCACAUGUUUUAAUUUGGCAAAAUACAAAAUCUGGGAGGUUUGGUAAUCUAUUGGCUCCAAUCUAACUCUGGAGAUUCUGAAAGGUAGCUGGAUGGUUCCUGAAAGGAGGUAUGAAGGUAUCUCUCCUUACCUCCCUCUAAGCCUUAAUUAAAUUAAAUCCAAAUCUAUUCUGCCUUCAAUCACUCUCAGUUAAAAAAAAAUGCAUACAGACACUUGUGGGCUUUGGGUAAGGCUUGAGCCCAAGAUAGUAUCAUGUGAAAAGUUGAUAUUUUGUGUUAGUAUCGGUAGCUAACAUUGUGGGUCUUACAAGUAGGAAACAAAUUGCAAUGGGUGGAUAAAUGGUUCAGUUAUGAAAGAAAAGUUUAUAAAGGAGUUUCAAGAGGACAUGAAAAUGAUUAAUAUCGUAUGGAUUAUGUCUGUAACAAGUUGAAAAAUGGCAGGUGUGUGAAAAACAAAUUCUGGCAAAAAAGAGGAGACUAUCUGACCCACUUGGUGAUUGAAAGGCUUCUUCUAAUGCUAGAACCACUAGUUUCAAGCAUUUUACUGCCCUUUGGCAUUUUAUUUUUAUAUAAAUUGGUUGGUUUUCACCAAGUGUUUUCUAGAAAAUUAAAUAAUUACCGUAGGAAAUAACCUGA